AUGGCCCACAGUUUCCAAAACAGUACCCACCUACUUCGACCAUUCAUUCUCUAUGAAGCACUCGACCAGGCUCCGGUUUUCCUUGCCUAUCAAAACUUUGCCCGUAAAAUUGGACAGGAUUCAAUGAGUUAUCAAGACUUUGAAUUUUGGUACAUGAGAUUUCUCAGGGGAGAGUAUGACAUGAAUUACGAUAGAAGCCAGGACCCAAACCCCCGAUCGUUGAUGCAACUGCCGCUAGAGAUAAUGGAGCUAAUCACAGAUGAAUUAGAUAUCAGACAGAGAAUGGUAUUCCGAAAAGUGUGCCGAAAUCUUCGCACCAUCAUUGACAUGAAACCAUCUACUUUCCAAAAAAUCCGAGUUAUAUUUGAAUCGGAUAAAACCAGAUUAUGGUUAGAUGAUGGAACACGCGACCCACACAUGUUACCAUUAGUCGGCUACGGUAGACUUCAAGAACGGAACGAUCAGGAGUUUGAUAGACACUCGGUUAAAUUCAUGUCCAAAUCAGAUCGUAGGUAUAUCGAACUUGAAGACGGCGACUGUCUGGUUAGGUGUGGAUUUCGGAAUAAGAUAGUAUCAAAUGCAAAACACUGGGAAAUGGCUAUGAAUGAUGUAACGUUUGCCUUGAAGAAUCCGAAUCAAGUGUUGGAAGAGCUCGUGAUUGAGAAUAAGUCAUUGGAUAACUUUGAGGAAUUCGAGCCAAAAUUGAGGGGUCUAACCCAAAAAAUUCGUGUGAAAAAGUUGAAGAUUGUCACGAAUUACUCUAAUGAGGAAACAAUGAUUCUACCGUACAUCGAUCCGGAGACUAUCGAGAGAGUGGAAGUGGAAAUGGUAGAUUCGAAAGUUGGAAUGAGAGUAGGAAAAGAAAAGAGAAUUCGAACAAUUGUGGAGUAUGAUCAAUGGAAGAGAGCAGAGACCCCAAUAUUGUACUGUCACUCAAGAACUGUUUUCCCAAUUGGUACAUUGAUGGAUUGCCCGAGGUUUACUCUUCGUUUCCAUCAGUAUAAUGGGUUUAAUAAGUUUUUGAAAAUUGUUCAGGCACUCCUCACCUCACCCGUCUUGCAGUGUGCCAAAAUUGGAUUUGCCACAGGUAUAUCAGUGCCAGACCGAGCUAAAGUAAUCGCCACAAUUGGUGGGAUUGAGAUUGGCUGGAUGCAUCAUCGUGUUCCAAUUUCGAAUAGUCAGGAGUUUUUUACACAAGAAUCGGUAGAUGACUUCUCGACUUUUGUUAUCACCAGAAUUCAAUGA